AUGAAUGCUGCUCCAUCUGUCACAAUGGCACCUCACGUAACCACAACAAGAAUCACUACUAGAACAACAACUCGUACAAUUCAACAAGCAUUUAGUACAACUGCAAGGAUUGGCAGUACUAACUCAGUUACAGUUAGUACAACUAGAACAACAACUGCUGCAAUUCAACAAGCAUUUAGUACAACUGCAAGGAUUGGCAGUACUAACUCAGAUACAGCUAGUACAACAACAAAUAUACCUAGUUAUUAUAUCCAAUCCAGAUUGACCGGUUUUGUACUUGAUCUUGAAGGUGGUAGUUUGAAUCCAGGUACAUAUCUUGUUGCCUCGCCGAUGAAAAAUGAAACUAGUGAAGAUCCAUCUAGUCAACUGUGGUUUUUUGAUCCAGAUGGAACCAUUCGAAAUAUGGCUUCUGGAUUAGUGAUUGACAUCUCAAGCGGUAUAAAUGGUGUUGAUCUAGUUAUAUGGCCAAUGAAUGGACAAGGAAACCAACUAUGGACAAUGGUGGACGUAUAUUUAGUUUGUCAAGCUGCAAAUAAAGUAAUGGAUGUCGCUGAUUUCAACACCGCACCUGGUGCACGUGUAGUUGCAUGGCAACAAAAUUUCGGUUUAAAUCAACAGUGGAAUCUUAUUCUGAAGUUGACCGCUUUUGUACUUGAUUUUAAAGAUGGUAGUUUAGAUCCAGGUACACAUCUUGUUGUGGCUCCGACGAAAAAUGCAACUAAUGAAGAUCCAUCUAGUCGAUUUUGGUUUUUUGAUCCAGAUGGAACCAUUCGAAAUAUAGCUUCUGAAUGA